AUGCCUAUUACCAGAGAUGGCGUGGAACUUACGGUUGAGAUCAGCGAGAAGGCCGCCGAGAAGAUCAAGUAUUUCGCUCAGAAGGAUGGGACGGAAGACAAUGUUGGCGUCCGCGUGGCCGUCAAGGGUGGCGGUUGUUCCGGCCUGACCUACGACCUGAAGAUCAGCGGCGAGCACAAUGACACCGACAAGGUGGUCGAGCAGUACGGCGUGAAGGUCAUCGUCGACAAGAAGAGCUACAUCUAUCUCGUUGGUACGCAGUUGGACUUCUCCGACGGCCUGAACGGCAAGGGUUUCGUCUUUGAAAACCCCAACGCCAAGAAGGCCUGCGGCUGCGGCACUUCGUUCAGCGUCUAG